AUGGAGACAGACAGACAGACAGACAGAGGGAGCCCACAGCCAAUUAGUGGUUAGUGGUGAAGCUGAGAUGGAGACAGACAGACAGACGGAGGGAGCAGAGAGAUUAUCUCUCUUUCUCUCCCUCCUUUCUCCUUCUCCCUCCCCCCAGCCUCUGUUAGAUGAGGGAUGGAGGAGAGGGGGGAAGGAGAGGGAGGAAGGAGAGGAGAGUCGAGAGGAGAGGGAGGAAAGAGGAGAUGGAGCGAGGAGGGAGGAGAGGAGAGGGGGGGGGAGGGAGAGGGGGAGGAGGAAGAGGAGAGGGAAUGAGAGGUGAGGGAGGAGGGAGGAGGAGGAGGGAGGAGAGGGAGAGGGGGGAGGAGGGGGGAGGAAGGAGGGGAGGGAGAGGGAGGAGAGGGAGGGGGGAGGGAAGGAGAGGGCGGGAGGAAGGGAGGGAGGACGGAGAGGGAGGGAGGGAGGAGAGGGAGGAAGGAGAGGGAGGAAGGAGAGGGAGGGAGGGAGGAGAGGAGCCACAUCAGAGCAGCUCCUACCUCAUUAAGACUCCAUCCAUCCAACUGUUCCUUCUCAAAUUGGUUCCACAUGGGCCCCUCCUCAGUCAUCCACACUACUCUCUAUGUUCUGCAAUAUGCGCACCCACACACACACACACACACACACACACACACACAUACAUGCAUACACUGAACAAAAAUAUAAAUGCAACAUGUAAAGUGUUGGUCCCAUGUUUCAUGAGCUGAAAUAAAGGAUCCCAGAAAUGUUCCAAAGGAGCGUUCUCCUUUGCCAAGAUAAUCAUUCCACCUGACAGGUGUGGCAUAUCAAGAAGCUGAUUAAACAGCAUGAUCAUUACACAGGCGCACCUUGGGCUGGGGACAAUAAAUGGCCACUCUAAAAUGUGCAGUUUUGUCACGCAACACAAUGCCACAGAUGUUUCAAGUUUUGAGGUUGAGUGCAAUUGGCAUGCUGACUGCAGGAAUGUCCACCAGAGCUAUUGCCAGAGAAGUGAAUGUUCAUUUCUCUACCAUAAGCCGCCUCCAACGUCGUUUUAGAGAAUUUGGCAGUACGUCCAACCGGCCUCACAACUGCAGAACACGUGUAACCACACCAGCCCAGGACCUCCAAAUCCGGCUUCUUCACCUACGGGAUCGUCUGAGACCAGCCACCCGGACAGCUGAUGAAACUGUUUCUGUCUGUAAUAAAGCCCUAUUGGGUGGAAAAACUCAUUCUGAUUGGCCGCGCCUGGCUGCCCAGUGGAUGGGCCUGGGAGGGCAUAGGCCCACCCACUUGGGAGCCAGGCCCACCCAUGGCUGCACCCCUGCCCAGUCAUGUGAAAUCCAUAGAUUAGAGCCUACUGAACAGACACUGAACAAAAAAAUGAAUGCAACAUGCAACAAUUUCAAAGAUUUUACUGAGUUACAGUUCAUAUAAGGAAAUCAGUAGAUUUAAAUAAAUUAAUUAGGCCCUAAUUUAUGGAUUUCACAGGACUGGGAAUGCAGAUAUGCAUCUGUUGGUCACGGCUACCUUAAAAAAGAUGCAGGGGUGUGGAUCAGAAAACCAGUCAGUAUCUGGUGUGACCACAAUUCGCCUCAUGCAGCGCGACACAUCUCCUUCGCAUUGAGUUGAUCAGGCUGUUGACCGUCAUCUUUGCUUUGCACAAAAAGGGCUUCACAGGCAAGGAUAUUGCUGCUAGUAAGAUUGCACCUAAAUCAACCAUUUAUUGGAUCAUCAAGAACUUCAAGGAGAGAGGUUCAAUUGUUGUGAAGAAGGCUUCAGGACGCCCAAGGAAGUCCAGCAAGCGCCAGGACCGUCUCCUAAAGUUGAUUCAGCUGCGGGAUCGGGGCACCACCAGUGCAGAGCUUGCUCAGGAAUGGCAGCAGGCUGGUGUGAGUGCAGCUGCACGCACAGUGAGGCAAAGACUUUUGGAGGAUGGCCUGGUGUCAAGAAGGGCAGCGAGGAAGCCACUUCUCUCCAGGAAAAACAUCAGGGACAGACUGAUAUUCUGCAAAAGGUACAGGGAUUGGACUGCUGAGGACUGGGGUAAAGUCAUUUUCUCUGAUGAAUCCCCUUUCCGAUUGUUUGGGGCAUCCGGAAAACACCUUGUCCAGAGAAGACAAGGUGAGCGCUACCAUCAAUCCUGUGUCAUGCCAACAGUAAAGCAUCCUGAGACCAUUCAUGUGUGGGGUUGCUUCUCAGCCAAGGGAGUGGGCUCACAAUUUUGCCCAAGAACACAGCCAUGAAUAAAGAAUGGUACCAACACAUCCUCCGAGAGCAACUUACCCCAACCAUCCAGGAACAGUUUGGUGAUGAACAAUGCCUUUUCCAGCAUGAUAAAGCACCUUGCCAUGAGGCAAAAGUGAUAACUAAGUGGCUCUGGGAACAAAACAUCGAAAUUUUGGGUCCAUGGCCAGGAAACUCCCAGACCUUAAUCCCAUUGAGAACUUGUGGUCAAUCCUCAAGAGGCGGGUGGACAAACAAAAACCCACAAAUUCUGACAAACUCCAAGCAUUGAUUAUGCAAGAAUGGGCUGCCAUCAGUCAGGAUGAAGCCCAGAAGUUAAUUGACAUACCAGGGCGGAUUGCAGAGGUCUUGAAAAAGAAGGGUCAACACUGCAAAUAUUGACUCUUUGCAUAAACUUAAUGUAAUUGUCAAUAAAAGCCUUUGACACUUAUGGAAUGCUUGUAAUUAUACUUCAGUAUACCAUAGUAACAUCUGACAAAAAUAUCUAAAAACACUGAAGCAGCAAACUUUGUGAAGACCAAUACUUGUGUCAUCCUCAAAACUUUUGACCACGACUGUACACACAAUAGCCCAUAACGACAAAGCAAAAACAGGUUGUUAGAAAUUUUUGCAAACUUAUUUUAAAAAACAACAACUGAAACCCCACCGCUGAAGUCGGUUACGACGCCAAACUGCAGUCAGGUCAAGACCCUGGUGAGGACGACGAGCACGCAGAUGAGCUUCCCUGAGAUGGUUUCUGACAGUUAGUGCAGAGAUUCUUCAGUUGUGCAAACCCAAAGUUUCAUCAGCUGUCCGGGUGGCUGGUCUCAGACGAUCCCACAGGUGAAGCAGCUGGAUGGAAAGGUCCUAGGCUGGCGUGGUUACACAUGGUCUCAGACGAUCCCACAGGUGAAGCAGCUGGAUGGAAAGGUCCUUGGCUGGCGUGGUUACACAUGGUCUCAGACGAUCCCACAGGUGAAGCAGCUGGAUGGAAAGGUCCUGGCUGGCGUGGUUACACAUGGUCUCAGACGAUCCCACAGGUGAAGCAGCUGGAUGGAAAGGUCCUGGGCUGGCGUGGUUACACAUGGUCUCAGACGAUCCCACAGGUGAAGCAGCUGGAUGGAAAGGUCCUGGGCUGGCGUGUUUACACAUGGUCUCAGACGAUCCCACAGGUGAAGCAGCUGGAUGGAAAGGUCCUAGGCUGGCGUGGUUACACAUGGUCUCAGACGAUCCCACAGGUGAAGCAGCUGGAUGGAAAGGUCCUGGGCUGGCGUGGUUACAUGCAGUUGUGUAAAGUACUUAAGUAAAACUACUUUAAAGUACUACUUAAGUAGUUUUUUGGGGUAUCUGUACUUUACUUUACUAUUUAUAUUUUUGACAACUUUUACUUUUACUUCACUACAUUCCUCAAGAAAAUAAUGUACUUUUUACUCCAUACAUUUACCCUGACACCCAAAAGUACUCGUUACAUUCUGAAUGCUUAGCAGGACAAGAAAAUUGUUCAAUUCACGCACUUAUCAAGAGAACAUCCCUGGUCAUCCCUACUGCCUCUGAUCUGGAGGACUCACUAAACACACAUGCUUGGUUUGUAAAUAAUGUCUGAGUGAUGGAGUGUGCCCCUGGCUAUCUGUAAUGAUGUCUGAGUGUUGGAGUGUGCCCCUGGCUAUUUGUAAAUGAUGUCUGAGUGUUGGAGUGUGCCCCUGGCUAUCUGUAAAUGAUGUCUGAGUGUUGGAGUGUGACCCUGGCUAUCUGUAAAUGAUGUCUGUGUGUUGGAGUGUGACCCUGGCUAUCUGUAAAUAAUGUCUGAGUGUUGGAGUGUGCCCCUGGCUAUCUGUAAAUUAAAAAACAAGAUUGUCCGUCUCGUUUGCUCAAUAUAAGGAAUAUGAAAUGAUUUAUACUUUUACUUUCAUACUUAAGUAUAUUUUAGCAAUUACAUUUACUUUUGAUACUUAAGUAUAUUUAAUACCAAAUACUUGUAUACUUUUACUUUUACUUGAGUCAUUUUCUAUUAAGGUAUCUUUACUUUUACUCAAGUAUGACAAUUGGGUACUUUUUCCACCACUGGUUACACGUGAUCUGCGGUUGUGAGGCCAGUUGGACAUACUGCCAAAUUAUCUAAAACAAAUUUAUAUUUUUGUUUAGCACACACACACACACACACACACACACACACACACACACACACACACACACACACACACACACACACACACACACACACACACACACACACACACUGUACAUGUAUCUGUUUAUUUAACACAGCAUCUGAUGAAUAAGCCAAUCAUUUCUGUUCAUGGCUUGGUAUCACAUCAGGCCAACUCUGGGAACAUGUUCAAUAAUGUUACAUUGACUAUUAGAUUUUACACUGUUGAGGUAUGAGUAAUAUAAUAAAUAUGAUUUAAUAGUUUGCUGAUGUCUUGGCACUGGUCUUUAAAAUAGAUUGUAAAAUAGAUUUCUAAUCUUUAAGGGACCACAUGAAUAAAGGACACAUACUGUCAAUACAUCAAAAUGUGGUUUUCAUGAAGGGAAAAUACAGCUAAAUGAAUGAAUGUUUUUGAUUAUGUUUUUUAAACAGGGUUCUCCCUCUCUCCUUCUCCCUCUCCAUCCAUCUCUCUCUCUCUAGGUUCGUCAGACCUCAGUCCGUUCCCAGGUCAGUUUGAGCGUCAGUUCCCGGGUCUCUCCUCUCUGACGGAGUCUGGUUUCUCAAGUCCCAGAAUGCACUACCCCACCACCUUCACCUACACCCCUCCUGUCACCUCCGCCAUGUCACUAGGCUCCGCCCACUACCACACCUACCUGCCCCCUCCCUACCCUGGUUCCACCCAGAGUCAGAGUGGACCCUUCCCGACCAGCAGCACACCUUAUCUCUACUAUGGAGCCUCCUCUGGGUCGUACCAGUUCUCCAUGGUUCCCGGGGGGGACCGCUCCCCCUCCAGAAUGGUUCCUCCCUGCACCAGCGCCUCCACCGGCAGCUCCCUGGCUAACCCUAACCUGCCCAGCCAGGCAGAUGGGGGUGUGGAGGGGGAUGGGAGUCACAGCAACUCCCCAACCAUACUCAACCCUGCUGGGGGACGCAUGGAUGAAGCUGUCUGGAGACCUUACUGAGGAGAAAAGGAGGAAGAGGAGGAGGAAGAGGAAGAGGAGGAGGAAGAGGAGAUGAUGAUGAAGAGGAGGAGGAAGAUGAUGAAGAUGAUGAAGAGGAGGAUGAGGAGGAGGAGGAUGAUGAAGAGGAGGAGGAUGAAGAUGAUGAAGAGGAGGAGGAGGAGGAGGGGAGGAGGAUGAGGAGGAGGAGGAGGAGGAAGAGGAUGAAGAUGAUGAAGAGGAGGAGGAGGAGAAGAAGGCAACAUAAACUAAUGUUAUGGUUUUAAAGCACAAAACCUUUCAAGUGAAUUUUUGAGUUCUGAUUAAAAAGCAGCAAUACUCCAGUAUCAUCCACAACCUACGGGACAACGCUUCAGGCUAUUUGUAGCAGUCAGCUUGAUUUGUAUAGUAUUUCUAUUUCUAUAAGGCUUUUAGCUGAGUAUGUUUUAACAGGACUAUAUAACAGGACUAUAUAACAGGACUAUAUAACAGGACUAUAUAACAGGACUAUAUAACAGGACUAUAUAACAGGACUAUAUAACAGGACAAUAUAACAGGACUAUAUAACAGGGACUAUAUAACAGGACUAUAUAACAGGACAAUAUAACAGGACUAUAUAACAGGACUAUAUAACAGGACCAUAUAACAGGACUAUAUAACAGGACUAUAUAACAGGACUAUAUAACAGGACUAUAUAACAGGACUAUAUAACAGGACAAUAUAACAGGACUAUAUAACAGGACUAUAUAACAGGACUAUAUAACAGGACUAUAUAACAGGACCAUAUAACAGGACUAUAUAACAGGACAAUAUAACAGGACUAUAUAACAGGACUAUAUAACAGGACAAUAUAACAGGACUAUAUAACAGGACUAUAUAACAGGACUAUAUAACAGGACUAUAUAACAGGACUAUAUAACAGGACAAUAUAACAGGACUAUAUAACAGGACUAUAUAACAGGACAAUAUAACAGGACUAUAUAACAGGACUAUAUAACAGGACUAUAUAACAGGACAAUAUAACAGGACUAUAUAACAGGACUAUAUAACAGGACCAUAUAACAGGACUAUAUAACAGGACAAUAUAACAGGACUAUAUAACAGGACUAUAUAACAGGACUAUAUAACAGGACUAUAUAACAGGACAAUAUAACAGGACUAUAUAACAGGACUAUAUAACAGGACUAUAUAACAGGACUAUAUAACAGGACCAUAUAACAGGACUAUAUAACAGGACUAUAUAACAGGACAAGCACUGAGUAGCAAAAGAGGACAGGAACACGUACAGUAUGUUACCAUGGUGAUGAUGAGAGUAACACGUGUGUUGCCAUGGUGACGAUGAGAGUAACACGUGUGUUGCCAUGGUGCUGAUGAGAGUAACACGUGUGUUGCCAUGGUGAUGAUGAGCGUAACACGUGUGUUGCCAUGGUGAUGAAUAUGAACAUCAAGUUUGCUUUAAAAUGUCUAUACACUCAUUUUAAAUCAAUUAAUUUAAAUUGUAUAUUAUUGGUGGAAAGAUGAUGAUGAUGAUGGGUUGUGGAGUUUUAACUUAUGAAGCCAUAAAUUAUGUAAUGUAUUUUAAAACUGGAGUGGUAGAAUUGUAAUCUGAAUAUUUUUAUGCAUUUAUGUGAUUACGUUAACAGUCUUUUUCAUAGGUAAUUUAAGUGAAAUUAUUUGCAACAACAAAAAUAGUUUUACCUUAAUAUUUUUUUCAAAUAUGUUGUAAAUUUAAAAAUUCCUCUCCAAAGGGAAUGAAAAGCUCUUUCCUCUGUAAACAAUAAUAAUUUAGCCUGAAUGAUAAAGCAACGACACACUAGAUUACAGAGUAAAAACAGCAGGCUCUGAAUUCAUACAGCAGUACAAUACAACAACAGCAUGUAUUAUGACAAACUGACAAUCUGCCUCUCACCACAUGGUUUUACUUCCAUCAGGAAAACUUUUUUUUACCAUUGUCAGAUUGAAUCUGUUUGUAAUGUCUAUUCUGUAGAUGAGCUACUACAUAGAUCCUGGUAGCCAGGUAUCCCAAAGAUCAGGGUGGUUGUACCAGGCCUUUUGGUGUCCACAAUAUAAUGUACUGUAGCCUUUUGGUGUCCACAAUACACCACCGUACGGUAGCUCAUCAUACCUUAAUAUAGUGUUGAUGAUACUAUACCCUAUUCAUGACUGGAAUUACACUCAGUUCAAUAUGAGCCACAUACACUAUCUACAUGAACAAUCACAUAUAGGAUUGCAAAAUUCUGGUAACUUUCUCAAAACUCCCCGGUUUUUCCAGAAAUCCUGGUUGUAAGACGUCUACAAUUAUGAGGGAAUAAGCAGGAAAUCCGGAUAUCCUCCAAUCUGGAUUUUCUGGAAAACCAGGAAAUUUUGGGGAAAGUUUCCAGAAUUGUGCAACCCUAGUCACAUUCAUGUUCACUACAGUAAAUCAUUAUAUUUCCAUUCGAGAUGUAGCCCUGAUAGCAACCUGUUAUUUCCCUGUUCACUACAGUAAAUCAUUAUAUUUCCAUUCGAGAUGUAGCCCUGAUAGCAACCUGUUAUUUCCCUGAAACCAUCAUUGUUCUGGUCUGGUCUGGUCUGAUGUGCAACAGAUGACUUUCUAAAAGUAUAUAUUGGUGUCUAACACUCAAAAACACAAUAAUAUUUUAUUUAUUUUACUUUUCAUUUAUGAAUAAAUGAAUAAUCUGCCCACUGUUGUUAGACAUUUGUAAAAAAAAAAAUGUUUUAUUAUGGAUCAAAAUCUGUUUUGUCUUUGAGUUUGUUUCUUAUUUUGCUGUAGUUAUUUUCUGUUUUCCCACCAGAGUAUCCAGUGUUAAUUUCGUCAACAAAAACAGUGAGGAAAAUAUUUGUCAAACACCUAUUUUUCAGUGGCAAUAGAUGAGACAAUAACUGACUAAAUAGACCUACAUUUCUAAUAAAUUAUCGAUAUUUAAAAAAUGUUUUGGGGAUGUGGAUUUUCGUUUAGUUAUAGUUAGAUGAAACUAUAACUAAUGCAAUUUAUUUGAAAUAUUGAUAAUAUAUUUGCUUUUCUGUCUCAGUGUGUGUAGACCAUGUAUCUGAUGCAGUAUGAUAUGUCACUCUUUUCAUCAGAUUCAUGGUCUAAAUCAAAUCACAUCAAAAUUUAUUGGUCACAUCCACAUAUUUAGCAGAUGUUAUUGCGGGUGUAGUGAAAUGCUUGCGUUCCUAGCUCCAACAGUGCAGUAGUAUCUAACAAUUUACAACAAUACACACAUCUAAAAGUAAAAGAGUGGUUUGCACUUUCAGUUGCCACGGUUUUUGGUUUGGGUAGGUUUGAAUAGUCACAGUUGGUACAACAUCUCCAAUACACUUCCUGAUGAACUCAGUCAUUGUGUCCGUGUUUACGUCAAUGUUAUUCUCAGAUCCGGAAACAUAUCCUAGUCCACGUGAUCAAAACAAUCUUGAAGCAUGGAUUCCGAUUGGUCAGACCAGCGUUGAAUAGAUCUUAGCAUGGGUACUUCCUGUUUGAGUUUCUGCCUAUAGGAACGUAGGAGCAGGAUAGAGUUGUGAUCUGAUUUGCCGAACCUUAAUUAAGAAGGUUUUCGGGAAAGUAUUUCUGUCAACCCACAAGAUGGUUAUCACAUCAACUGCUUAAAAACGGAGUGGUAGACAAACGCGCGCACCACACACACAGGCUGGCAAACGGGUAAUACUACUGGUAAUUAAUUGGCAGACAUUUUUGUUAGGUUUGGCUUUUUAAACCAAUAGUGGCUAACCAGGGGUGGGAUAAUGUCAAUGUUGCACUGAUUAGAUAGUAUCUGGGAGCUUGCGGUGUCUGAUUCUUGUGAGAUUUAUUUAUGACAGUUUAUGGUGGAAGACGUGAAAAUUGCAUGUACUUUGAUAAUGUUUUGGCGAGCUACUUACAGGUGGGCUGCGAGCUACUGGGAGCGAUCGGCCAGCUGGAGAUCCUUGCUCUACACUAUACUUGCUUGUUUUGUCACAAACUGAAAGUAGGCAAACUAUUAGAAUUUUAGCAACCAGGAAAUGGCGGAGCGAUUUCUGCAUAGUGCAUCUUUAAACAUAACACUGAAAACAAAUGUAUACACUACCAGUCAAAAGUUUGGACACACCUACUCAUUCCAGGGUUUUCUUUAUUUUUACUAUUUUCUACAUUGUAGAAUAAUAGCGAAGACAUCUAAACUAUGAAAUAACACAUAUUUAAUCAUGUAGUAACCAAAAAAGUGUUAAACAAAUCAAAAAAUAUUUUAUAUGUGAGAUUCUUCAAAUAGCCACCCUUUGCCUUGAUGACAGCUUUGCACACUCUUGGCAUUCUCUCAACCAGCUUCAUGAGAUAGACACCUGGAAUGCAUUUCAAUUAACAGGUGUGCCUUGUUAAAAGUGAAUUUGUGGAAUUUCUUUCCUUCUUAAUGUGUUUGAGUCAAUCAGUUGUGUUGUGACAAGGUAGAGGUGGUAUACAGAAGAUAGCCCUAUUUGGUAAAAGACCAAGUCCAUAUUAUGUCAAGAACAGCUCCAAUAAGCAAAGCGAAACGACAGUCCAUCAUUACUUUAAGACAUGAAGAUCAGUCAAUAUGGAACAUUUCAAUAACUUUUGAAAGUUUCUUCAAGUGCAGUCGCAAAAACCAUCAAGCGCUAUGAUGAAACUGGCUCUCAUGAGGACCGCCAAAGGAAAGGAAGACCCAGAGUCACCUCUGCUGCAGAGGAUAAGUUCAUUAGAGUUAACUGCACCUCAGAUUGCAGCCCAAAUAAAUGCUUCACAGAGUUCAAGUAACAGACACAUCUCAACAUCAACUGUUCAGAGGAGACUGCGUGAAUCAGGCCUUCAUGGUCGAAUUGCUGCAAAGAAACCACUAUUAAAGGACACCAUUAAUAAGAAGAGACUUGCUUGGGCCAAGAAACACGAGCAAUGGACAUUAGACUGGUGGAAAUCUGUCCUUUGGGCUGAUGAGUCCAAAUUUGAGAUUUUUGGUUUCAACCGCUGUGUCUUUGUGAGAUGCAAGGCAGGUGAACGGAUGAUCUCUGCAUGUGUGGUUCCCACCGUGAAGCAUGGAGGAGGAGGUGUUAUGGUGUGGGGGUGCAUUGCUGGUGACACUGUCAGUGAUUUAUAAAAAAUUCAAGGCACACUGAACCAGCAUGGCUACCACAGUGAUACGCUGCAGCGAUACGCCAUCCCAUCUGGUUUGCGCUUAGUGGGACUAUCAAUUGUUUUUCAACAGGACAAUGACCCAACACACCUCCAGGCUGUGUAAGGGCUAUUUGACCAAGAAGGAGAGUGAUGGAGUGCUGCAUCAGAUGACCUGGCCUCCACAAUCACCCGACCUCAACCGAAUUGAGAUGGUUUGGGAUGAGUCGGACCGCAGAGUGAAGGAAAAGCAGCCAACAAGUGCUCAGCAUAUGUGGGAACUCCUUCAAGACUGUUGGAAAAGCAUUCCAGGUGAAGCUGUUUGAGAGAAUGCCAAGAGUGUGAAAAACUGUCCUCAAGGCAAAGGGUGGCUACUUUGAAGAAUCUAAAAUCUAAAAUAUAUUUUGAUUUGUUUAACACUUUUUUGUGUUAUUUCAAUGUAGAAAAUAGGAAAAAUAAAGAUAAACCUUUUAAAUGGGUAGGUGUGUCCAAACUUUUGACUGGUACUGUUUAUAUUAAUUUAUUUUGUAAUUUAUCUCGCAACACAAUAUUUUCUGAAUCCUGUUUUUUGUCAUAUUUUUGGAUAAAGAGCAAGCCAAAAUUAUACAGUUCAUUUUUCCUAAUAUUUCCUAAUCAUCUUCAAACUGUGCCAUUUGUUAAUUCCAAAUGACUUGCAUAUUACUAAAAUCACUGAUCUUAAUGCAAUUGACUAAAAUACCCCUUCCGUGCAUGUAUUUUCAAAAGUUAAAAGGGGACUUAAGCAUAACAAAGUGACUUUUUUGGAAAAAAGUAAUUUUUCCAAGGUCUUACAGCUAAUAUUGGUGUAUUGGGAUGUGGAUAUGUGUGUUUCUAAGGUAUAUUAGAUGUAUUUCUAAAAUGAAUGGGAUUCUGUGGGCAAAUGGCAUAACAUGAUAUGCCUAUAGUAUCUAAAUAUGUGGGAUAUGGACCAACAACUGUCUGGGAUAUCAAACAACAGUAAAGGUACAGUGCUAAAACAGGAACACAGUCACAGGCCCUCCUCCUAUACGUGGCGGGGUUCCUCUUUGUUGAAACACAAACUCCAGAUUCUGGCUUUAAUCAAAUCAAACUUUAAACACAUACACAUAUUUAGCAGAUGUUGUUGCAGGUGUAGUGAAAUGCUUGUGUUCCUAGCUCCAACAGUGCAGUAGUAUCUAACAAUUCACAACAAUACACACAUCUAAAAGUAAAAUAAAUAUAUAAAUAUUAGGACGAGCAAUUUUGAAGUGGCAUUGACUAAAAUACAGUAUAUACAUAUGAAAUGAGUAAAGCAGUAUGUAAACAUUAUUAAAGUGACCAGUGAUUCCAUGUCUAUGUACAUAAAAAAAAUAACGGAUUUAAGAAAUAUAUAAAUAUUAGGACGAGCAAUGUUGGAGUGGCAUUGACUAAAAUACAGUAGAAUAGAAUACAGUAUAUACAUAUGAGAUGAGUAAAGCAGUAUGUAAACAUUAUUAAAGUGACUAGUGUUCCAUUAUUAAAGUGACCAGUGAUUCCAUGUCUAUGUAUAUGGGGCAGCAGCCUCUAAGGUGCAGGGUUACGUAACCGGGUGGUAGCCGGUUAGUGAUGGCUAUUUAACAGUCUGAUGGCCUUGAGAUAGAAACUGUUUUUCAGUCUCUCUGUCCCAGCUUUGAUGCACCUGUACUGACCUCGCCUUCUGGAUGAUAGCGGGGUGAACAGGCCGUGGCUCGGAUGGUUGAUGUCCUUGAUGAUCUUUUUGGCCCUUCCUGUGACACCGGGUGCUGUAGGUGUCCUGGAGGGCAGGUAGUGUGCCCCCGGUGAUGAGUUCGGCAGACCACACCACCCUCUGGAGAGCCCUGUGGUUGCGGACGGUACAGUUUCCGUACCAGGCGGUGAUACAGCCCGACAGGAUGCUCUCAAUUGCGCAUCUGUAUAAGUUUGUGAGGGUUUUAGGGGCCAAGCCAAAUUUCUUCAGCCUCCUGAGGUUGAAGAGGCGCUGUUGCGCCUGCUUCACCACACUGUCUGCGUGGGUGGACCAUUUCAGUUUGUCAGUGAUGUGUACGCCGAGGAACUUGAAGCUUUCCACCUUCUCCACUGCGGUCCCGUCGAUGUGGAUAGCUGGGUGCACCCUCUGCUGUUUCCUGAAGUACACGAUCAUCUCCUUUGUUUUGUCGACAUUGAGGGAGAAGUUAUUUUCCUGACACCACACUCAUUUUACAUUUUUUUUUUUUUUUUAAGUUUUGUAAACUCCCAGGGCCCUCACCUCCUCUCUGUAGGCUGUUUCGUCAUUGUUGGUAAUCAAGCCUACUACUGUUGUGUCGUCUGCAAACUUGAUGAUUGAGGUAGAGGUGUGCUUGGCCACGCAGUCAUGGGUGAACAGGGAGUACAGGAGGGGGCUGAGCACGCACCCUUGUGGGGCCCCUGUGUUGAGGAUCAGCGAAGUGGAGAUGUUGUUUCCUACCUUCACCACCUGGGGGCGGCCCGUCAGGAAGUCCAGGACCCAGUUGCACAGGGCAGGGUUCAGACCCAGGGCCUCGAGCUUAAUGAUGAGCUUGGAGGGUACUAUGGUGUUGAAGGCUGAGCUAUAGUCAAUGAACAGCAUUCUUACAUAGGUAUUCCUCUUGUCCAGAUGGGAUAGGGCAGUGAACAGUGUGAUGGCGAUUGCAUCGUCUGUGGAUCUAUUGGGGCGGUAAGCAAAUUGAAGUGGGUCUAGGGUGACAGGUAAGGUAGAGGUGAUAUGAUCCUUGACUAGUCUCUCAAAGCACUUCAUGAUGACAGAGGUGAGUGCUACGGGGUGAUAGUCAUUUAGUUCAGUUACCUUUACUUUCUUGGGUACAGGAACAAUGGUGGCCAUCUUGAAGCAAGUGGGGACAGCAGACUGGGAAAGGGAGAGAUUGGAUAUGGGGACAGCAGACUGGGAUAGGGAGAGAUUGGAUAUGGGGACAGCAGACUGGGAUAGGGAGAGAUUGAAUAUGUCCGUAAACACUCCAGCCAGCUGGUCUGCGCAUGCUCUGAGGACGCGGCUAGGGAUGCCGUCUGAGCCGGCAGCCUUGCUGGGGUUAACAUGCUUCAAUGUCUUACUCACGUCGGCCACGGAGAAGGAGAGCCCACAAUCCUUGGUAGCGGGCCGCGUCAGUGGCACUGUGUUAUCCUCAAAGCGGGCGAAGAAGGUGUUUAGCUUGUCCGGAAGCAAGACGUUGGUGUCCGCGACGUGGCUGGUUUUCCCUUUCCCCUUUUCCCUUUGUAAUCCGGGAUUUAAGUCAAUUAAAUGGGGUUUAUACGCCCAUAUACUCCUGUAUGAGUCUGUGAACUAGGCCCUCCCAGUCACAGGCCCUCCCAGUCACAGGCCCUCCCAGUCACAGGUCCUCCCAGUCACAGGUCCUCCCAGUCACAGGCCCUCCCAGUCACAGGCCCUCCCAGUCACAGGCCCUCCCAGUCACAGGUCCUCCCAGUCACAGGCCCUCCCAGUCACAGGCCCUCCCAGUCACAGGCCCUCCCAGUCACAGGUCCUUCCAGUCACAGGUCCUCCCAGUCACAGGCCCUCCCAGUCACAGGUCCCUCCCAGUCACAGGUCCUCCCAGUCACAGGUCCUCCCAGUCACAGGCCCUCCCAGUCACAGGCCCUCCCAGUCACAGGUCCUCCCAGUCACAGGUCCUCCCAGUCACAGGCCCUCCCAGUCACAGGCCCUCCCAGUCACAGGCCCUCCCAGUCACAGGUCCUCCCAGUCACAGGCCCUCCCAGUCACAGGCCCUCCCAGUCACAGGCCCUCCCAGUCACAGGUCCUUCCAGUCACAGGUCCUCCCAGUCACAGGCCCUCCCAGUCACAGGCCCUCCCAGUCACAGGUCCUCCCAGUCACAGGUCCUCCCAGUCACAGGCCCUCCCAGUCACAGGCCCUCCCAGUCACAGGCCCUCCCAGUCAACACCACCUCAUAAGAUGAGGAAGUACAUUGGUUAUGAGGAUUGCCUGCUGCAGUUGUUGGAGAGAUGUCCAGUUUGCCGAACACGUAACACAGAGAAGACCAGCAAGGGGGCCCUCAGCAUCACGCAGACCUCACUGUGAGUAUUCCUAGAAAUGGAACAGGGGGACACUUGAAUCAAGUCGGUGACAUUUGACCUGGUCAAAGGUCAAAACAGUUUCAAGUUUUGUCCCAAUUCACCUUCAUAACCUAGCCUGAUGGCAGCGUUUACCAUUCUAUUUCACUUGACAUACAGUAUCAUGAUAUCUGAAGUGAAAUAGAAAGGUGAAUGCAGCGAUCAGGUUGGUUCCACCACACUAAUCAUAACCACCAUUGAUAAUGUAAUCAGUGCUCUGUGUGACCAACCAGGGGCCAGGAGCUGAUCAACGCUGCUAUGCCCAUAAACGGGGCUCUGGCAAAGACCUCACCUCCAGCCUCACCUCUUGCCUGCUCACCAACGAUCGUCGAUGGGGAUACCAGAAUUAGGUAGGUUUGGUCUGACCUGUUCAAACUUCAACAUAGUACCUGUCUGUGUGUCAGAUAUCACCUAUCCUAACUGCCAUUGGUAAUAGAACAGUGACUAUGUGUGUAUGUGUUCACAGAAACAUGUGUGGAGCCAGCACAUGGAGACUUGCAAGAUGAUGUGAUGAAGUCCACUCUGACAGACGGGCUUGAUACUGAUGUCUCUGAAUGGAGAGAGACCUGGCACUCUGACAGACGGGCUUGAUACUGAUGUCUCUGAAUGGAGAGAGACCUGGCACUCUGACAGACGGGCUUGAUACUGAUGUCUCUGAAUGGAGAGAGACCUGGCACUCUGACAGACGGGCUUGAUACUGAUGUCUCUGAAUGGAGAGAGACCUGGCACUCUGACAGACGGGCUUGAUACUGAUGUCUCUGAAUGGAGAGAGACCUUCCACUCGGUAUACAUUAUUUACUAGACACAACUUUGACUUGUAUUGUCUUUUUUUAAUUAUUGAAUUUUCAAUGACAUCAGUCAAUAUGGGGAGGGAGAAACCCUGUGCAUUCUGCAGCAGGACCAGGGAACUCCUGAAGAUAUGACCACUAACAUGUUACCAAGGUAACCCCAUUACCACCAGACAGGAAGGUAUGACCACUCUGACAUGUUACCAAGGUAACCCCAUUACCACCGGACAGGAAGGUAUGACCACUCUGACAUGUUACCAAGGUAACCCCAUUACCACCAGACAGGAAGGUAUGACCACUCUGACAUGUUACCAAGGUAACCCCAUUACCACCAGACAGGAAGGUAUGACCACUCUGACAUGUUACCAAGGUAACCCCAUUACCACCAGACUAAAUGCUGAUAGUCACAGUAUCUGUAUCGGCUGGAAAUGACAAUGAAAGGUGAAAGGUUCACAUUGUUAUAUUAUCAGAACACUGCUUCUAUGGUGUUAUGUAAAGGGUUGUUUAUUCUACAUGGACCUGUUACUACAUUUGAAAGUUAUCAAAACACUUAGUUUAGAAUAUCUACAUAAAUUCAGCAAUUGCAUUCUUCUCAUAUUACUCUGUAGGCUACUGACCUAUUCAAAGCUUCCUCCGGCAUCUCACCAUACAUCUGCCUGUAGUUAUUGAACUCAACCUGCCGGAGGUUUGUUUGUUGUGAUUGAGCGGGGGAAACAGCUGCGGGCAAGACUCUGACAGGUGGGUGUGUCUUGGUUGUGGGAAUGACACACCAAGAAACACCCACAUCAAACCACACCUCCCAAAGUAACUCACGUUUGGGUUCUGUCGUGGAUGCCAGCAUUUCUUGAGGACCAAGCCAAAAAACAAGGCCCAAUCAGCGGGUGUAGUUAUUUCAAGUAAAUUGAAAUACAUUUGCCAAAAUCAUAUAUUUACUCCUGUCUAUACAGAAAUAAAUACAAUUUGAGCAGCACGCGUGGCAAUAGGCCUAGCUGAUUAUUGAGUUGCAGCUAAUAAUGUGUCUUGAGUAUAAUAAAACAUGUUGAGACAAGAAGGGGAGGGGUGUGUGGUGAAGAUAUGGGCGUCUCUCUCCAGAAUGCAUGUGCUCAGCUCUCCAGAAUGCAUGUGCUCAGCUCUCCAGAAUGCAUGUGCUCAGCUCUCCAGAAUGCAUGUGCUCAGCUCUCCAGAAUGUGCUCCGCUGUCUCCCACCAAUUCUUCCACAUUAGUUGUUUCACUGUGUGAAUUAUUUGCCCAUUGAUUGUUUAUUUUGAUCAAUUCCCAUGACAUAUGUCACCUGUAGUAAAUGUACCGUUAACCCCCGUCAUUUUGCUACACAUAUUUGUUAAUGCAUGUAUUAAUUAGGUCAUUUAGUGGAAAUGCUGUUUGCAGAGUUCACAAACUGUUACAAUUUUGAGAAGCAAGUUUUGGUUUAUUUCAUAACCAACAUUUAAGAGUUUUGAAAAUAUUUUCAUUGUCUUUGGUUUUUGGAGUGCUCCAUGAGCACGUGUCUGGUUCCUCUGUGCUGUUAAUGUUGAAGAGUGCCUGAGGAUGCACAGAAGUACCUGGCCAAAAUCUCUCUGUCUCAAUUCAAUUUUUCAAGUUAAGGGCUUUAUUGGCAUGGGAAACGUGUGUUAACAUUGUCAAAGCAAGUGAAGUAGAUAGUAAACAAAAGUGAAAUAAACAAUAAAUAUUAACAGUAAACAUUACACUCAGAAGUUUCAAAAAGAAUAAAGACAUUUCAAAUGUCAUAUUACUGUAAAUGUGCAUUUGAAAAUCAACUGGCACGCAGAUCGGUAGAAAUGGUAGGAUAAAUUGUAAGCUUCCCCAAACUUGAAACUCACACACCACCUAUGAUCAGCAGGCCCAGCUGCAGGAUGGCAUGCCAGAGGGGACAUUUUAAAUCCAUUAGAACUAUAGGCAACAUUGCUGUUGAAUUUGUGACGUAUUGAGCCAAGCUGACACAACCAAUAGACUGGUUAUUGUCCCGAUACCCAUAAAAUAACGCAAAGCUGUAUGUCUAUAAAUAGCAAUUAGACCCACAAAAGCAAGUAUCCUAAUGACAUUAAGAAUCACAUCUAAAAGAUGCAUUGAGGUAAAAAUCAGAGGCCUAAACAUUACGUUAAAAAAAACUACCAAACACCAGUAGGCUUAUAUGACGGAAACCAAUGAAUAAAUCAUUAUUGCACGGUGCCAUAAAUGUUGUAGUUUACCAAUUAGAAGAGUUGCAGCCUCCUCUAUGCUCUAUGUUGAACCUCAAGAGAAAUGUCUGAUUCCAUUCUCCUUCCUAGCUACAUUUACAUGUCAGGUCCCUCUCAAAUGGCAGCUGGACAUUCUGGGCUUUUCAUUGAUGUAACAUGCUUUGUGUUCACUGAAUACGUUCUUCAGGGUGGAGAACGAAUUUUCGCAAAUUGCUGUAGAUGCCAACGAAAUGUUAAUCAUGUUUCAGUGCCAACAGCACAGUCGGCAUUGCUGACAAAGGCCCGCCGUAUCUUUGAAGAACACUGAGUGGGGUCUAUUUGUUGCUGGGGUAACGCUGGCUCCUCAUCACCGAGGUGGUCAGGUGACUGGCUCCUCAUCACAGAGGUGGUCAGGUGACUGGCUCCUCAUCACAGAGGUGGUCAGGUGACUGGCUCCUCAUCACAGAGGUGGUCAGGUGACUGGCUCCUCAUCACAGAGGUGGUCAGGUGACUGGCUCCUCAUCACAGAGGUGGUCAGGUGACUGGCUCCUCAUCACAGAGGUGGUCAGGUGACUGGCUCCUCAUCACAGAGGUGGUCAGGUGACUGGCUCCUCAUCACUGAGGUGGUCAGGUGACUGGCUCCUCAUCACUGAGGUGGUCAGGUGACUGGCUCCUCAUCACCGAGGUGGUCAGGUGCUAGUAGCUGGCGUAACAGAGGUGCAGGUGUUUGUUGUGAUGUUACCCUGGUGCUGCUGGUGCUGCUGGUGCGGCUGGGGCUGCUGGUGCUGCUGGUGCGGCUGGGGCUGCUGGUGCUGCUGCUGGUGCCCUGGCUAUUCUUCAUCUUGUUGGUCAGCAGGCGGCAGAUGGGCGGGUUUUACAUUUUGCAGGCUGGUCGGCAUUGCCCCUCCUCCAGGCAUAUACAGUGGCUUGCUAAAGCACUCACCCCCCCUUGGCAUUUAUCCUAUUUUGUUGCCUUACAACCUGGAAUUAAAAUUGAUUUUUUUUUUUUUGGGGGGGGGGGGUUGUAUCAUUUGAUUUACACAGCAUGCCUACCACUUUGAAGAUGCAAAAUAUUUUUUAUUGUGAAACAAACCAGAAAUAAGACAAUAAAACAGAGAACCUGAGUGUGCAUAACUAUUCACCCCCCCCAAAGUCAAUACUUUGUAGAGCCACCUUUUGCAGUAAUUACAGCUGCAAGUCUCUUGGGGUAUGUUUCUAUAAGCUUGGCACAUCUAGCCACUGGGAUUUUUGCCCAUUCUUCAAGGCAAAACUGCUCCAGCUCCUUCAAGUUGGAUGGGUUCUGCUGUACAGCAAUCUUUAAGUCAUACCACAGAUUCUCAAUAAGAUUGAGGUCUGGGCUUUGACUAGGCCAUUCCAAGACAUUUAAAUGUUUCCCCUUAAACCACUCGAGUGUUGCUUUAGCGGUAUGCUUAGGGUCAUUGUCCUGCUGGAAGGUGAACCUCCGUCCCAGUCUCAAAUCUCUUGAAGACUGAAACAGGUUUCCCUCAAUAAUUUCCCUGUAUUUAGCGCCAUCCAUCAUUCCUUCAAUUCUGACCAGUUUCCCAGUCCCUGCCGAUGAAAAACACCAAACGUGUUUGCUUAUUUUAUUUCUUUAAGCAAUGGCUUUUUUCUGGCCACUCUUCCGUAAAGCCCAGCCCUAUGGACAGAUACUCCAAUCUCCGCUGUGGAGCUUUUCAGCUCCUUCAGGGUUAUCUUUGGUCUCUUUGUUGUCUCUCUGAUUAAUGCCCUCCUUGCCUGGUCCGUGAGUUUUGGUGGGCGGCCCUCUCUUGGCAGGUUUGUUGUGGUGCCAUAUUCUUUCAUUUUUUUAAAUAAUGGACUUAAUGGUGCUCCGUGGGAUGUUCAAAGUUUCGGAUAUUUGUUUAUAACCCAACCCUGAUCUGUACUUCUCACAACUUUGUCCCUGACCUGUUUGGAGAGCUCCUUGGUCUUCAUGGUGCCGCUUGCUUGGUGGUGCCCUUUGCUUAGUGGUGUUGCAGACUCUGGGGCAUUUCAGAACAGGUGUAUAUAGACUGAGAUCAUGUGACACUUAGAUUGAAGACAGGCAGACUUUAUUUAACUAAUUAUGUUAAAGAAGUUAUGACUUCUGAAGGUAAUUGUUUGCACCAGAUCUUAUAUCCCUCAUUAAAAUGCAAAUCAAUUUAUAACAUUUUUGACAUGCGUUUUUCUGGAUUUUUUUGUUGUUAUUCUGUCUCUCACUGUUCAAAUAAACCUACCAUUAAAAUUAUAGACUGAUCAUGUCUUUGUCAGUGGGCAAACGUACAAAAUCAGCAGGGGAUCAAAUUCUUUUUUCCCUCACUGUAUUCUGUGAUACAUUUGGGUUAACUUGCUCAUAUCAAGCAACACAUACCAGACCAGUUGCACCAGAUCUUAUUGAGGGGCUUCAUAGCAAAGGGGGGUGAAUACAUAAGCACGCACCACUUUACCGUUAUUUAUUUUUUAGAAUUCUUUGAAACCAAUUUGGACUAUUCUGUGUCUGUCCAUUACAUGAAAUACAAAUACAAAUCAAUUUAAAUUACAGGUUGUAAUGCAACAAAAUAGGAAAAACGCCAAGGGGGAUGAAUACUUUUGCAAGGCACUGUAGCCUCUGUCCCGGUGUGCGCUACUGGCAGGCCCGCCGGGUAUGGUACUGGCAGGCCCGCCGGGCAUGGUACUGGCAGGCCCGCCGGGCAUGGUACUGGCAGGCCCGCCGGGCAUGGUACUGGCAGGCCCGCCGGGCAUGGUACUGGCAGGCCCGCCGGGCAUGGUACUGGCAGGCCCGCCGGGCAUGGUACUGGCAGGCCCGCCGGGCAUGGUAA